AUGUCAUCAGGAAACCGCCGCGCUCGAUCGGCUCGGUCCGAUUCGGGUGAUGGCGGCGACGAGCCUACCUUCAAGAAGCUCUUGGACUCGAAGCGAGCAAAGCGACAAGGGCGGGAUCGGCGAGAUGAGGAGAAGGUAGAAGCUCCAGCGUGGCCCCCGGCGACAUGCAACGAGACGCGGGUAUUCAACGGGUUCAAAAGUUCUGGCAGCUCAGAGUAUGUCACAUGUCCGCGAAGAACGCAGAGAUCCCGACCUGAGGCCAGCCAGGGCUCGCGCUCGCCCAAGAAGGACCGCAAGAGCCGACGGCGCAGGCGGGACAUGGCGGGAAGCUGCCAGAGGUCCGGGCAAGGGCAAGGGAGAGUGACAAGAUAG